AUGUCUUAUACCACUUUUUAUUUAUGUUUGACCUUUGCAUUGGGAUACAUAUUCUUUGGAGUUGAGUCAUAUGUUCCUGUAGGACGUGUAGGUCAAUCUUCUAUACUUAUUGGAAAUAAGAUAUAUUAUUUUGGUGGAAUAACAGACGUAGGAGUAUCAAAUGAUGCAUUUUAUCUUGAUUUAUCUCAAUCAUUUAAUAUAGUAAAUCCACCAUGGACUCAAAUGCCUAAUAUUCCGUUUGGAAGUUCAUGGGCAUCUGUUGCAUUAGAUAAUUCUAAUAAUGCAGAUAUAUAUCUCUUUGGAGGAAUGAUGUUUGAUGUAACUACACAAAAAGAUUCAUUUAAAUCAUUUGUAUAUAAAUUUAAUGUUAAUUCCUUAUCAUGGAAUAUUCCUAAUGUUGGUGGUACUGCUCCCUCAAGACGAAUAGAAAUGAAAGCUGUUAGUGAUAAUUCAGGAAAAAUUUAUAUUUUUGGUGGAGCUUCUAAUUCUUUAGUAGGUGCACCAACCAGAACGUUUCCUAACGACAUGAUAACUUUUAAUAUUGCUGGUCCGUUAUGGUCAAUUAAUACUGCGGUUAAUGGACUUGCUACAUAUUCAGCGACAUUAUUAUCAAAUGGUAUUAUUGUGUAUGUAGGAGGACUUAGCCCUUUUAAUGGAAAUAACAAUGUAAUCCGAAUGGCAGAUAUUUCACAAAUUCUUCUUUUUGAUACAAAUUCUUUAACAUGGUCAAUGAACUCAGCAAGAAUUACAGCAACAAUACCAGUCGAAAGUCGUCAGAGGCAUUCAGCGGUAUUAGCUCCAGACGAUCAAAUUAUUAUUUAUGGAGGUACUCGUACCACCGACGGGGUUGACUUUAAUCAAGUAUCUCCAGAUGUGUUAGUUAUAGAUACAAAAAAAGAUCCAUUUGAAAUAACAGCACCAGAAGUAUCUACAAAUAUUGGUAAAUUUCCGACACUUACGACUCAUUCAGCGGAUCUUUAUGGAAAUUAUAUGAUUGUGGCAUUUGGGAAUAUUACCCGACAAAAUGCCGAACCAUUAGGUAGAAGUGAAAAAAUUUAUGUGAUGGAUAUAAGAAAUUUCACAUGGAUCAAUUCACUUGAACUUACUAAUCAAGCGAAUAAUAAUAAAACCACUUCAUCUUCUGGUUCACAAUCUUCGAAUAAUGAUAAAACAACAAUUAUCCUUGCAUCAGUCCUUGGAGUUUUAGGAGGUGCAUUAAUUAUAACCGCCGGAUUCUUUGCUUAUAGAUUUAUCAGUAAAAGGAAAACAGAAAAAGAAGUUCCUGGCUUUUUUGGUUCAAAUUUUGAUAGAUAUGAUGAUGACGCUGGUGUUCCCGGUACACCCGUUGAGAGUAGAUAUAAUGAAUUUGAAAGAUUUAAAUGA